AUGUAUAUGUCAAUGAAAUCACGACAAGUUGGUCUAUGUUUAGUAUGUAAUGAUACUGCUGUUGGUAUUAAUUUUGGUGUACCAACAUGUAUGCCAUGUAAAGCGUUUUUUCGACGAAAUGCCGUGAAACUUGGUAGAAUUGAUUUUAUUUGUCAAGAAGAUGGUGAUUGUCCAGUAACAUAUGAAUCUCGUCGUAUAUGUAAUUGCUGUCGAUUAGCAAAAUGUUUUCGUGUUGGAAUGCAAAAAUCAUUAAUUCUAUCCGAUGCUGAGAGAUUAGCACGAAAAGAACUUGUUCAAAAAAAUCGACAAAAACGUGGACAAUUAAUGAUGCAAAAUUUAAGUAUAAUUCCACCAACGACUAUACAUUAUUUGGGACAAAAAGCACCAACAUAUUUAUCAUCAUCUGAUCAAACUCUUCUUACCAAUAUAUUUGGUACUUAUGAACAUAUUUUUGAAAUAACAACUCAAUGUCAAUAUCAACCAUUUCCUGCUAUUGAACAUAAAUAUGUACAUACAUUUUUCAAUGAAUAUGAAGAACGACAUAAAAUUUUAAUUGAAUAUUUUAAACAUAUACCUGAAUUUAAUAAUUUAUUCAUAGAUGAUAAAAUACGUUUAAUUCGAAAUCAUUUUGGAGGAAUGAUAACUAUUAGUGAAUUAAUGCUUAGUAGAUCACUGACUGAAAAUUUAAUUGCUUCACUUAACAAUUUAUUUGGUAUUGAUAGAGCCAAGAUUAUCAUACAAAAUGCUGAGAGAAUACUCACAUAUAUAUAUGAUCCUAUUUUACUUAAACUUAUUCUUAUUAUUCUAAGUUUAUCAAGUGGUAUUAACAGAUAUCGUAAUGAUACAGAUAUGGAUCGUAUUUUUUAUGAUACAUCAGCAAUAUUUAUUGGUCAAAAUGUUUAUGUUGAAUUAUUAUGGCGAUACCUUCUAUCAAAAUUAUUAUCCGAACAUGAUACAGUAAAAUUUUUAAACAAACUUGUCUUAGAUUUACUUUAUCUUCAACGUUCUUGUUUUACUGUAGAACGUUAUAUGAAUAAUCUAGGGCAUGAAAUAGACCAAAUGACACCAUUAGUGCAAAGUAUGUGGCCUAAAUCGGAAAAUAUUGAUAAUAGAGAUUAUGAGAAUGAUAUUGAUAUGGAAUCUUAUUCAUAG